UCAGGAUUCAGUUUUUUUGUUUGAUUAUUAGAUACACGUGUUAUCUGAGAUUUUUGAUAUAAAACAGAUGUAGGGCCAGUUGGUGUAGGGUAUGGGCCCCUAACCUGGAUUAUUAAAUCUAAAAAACAAAAAAUCUUGGUAUAAAAGCCUUGAUAAUAUUUUUACUUUAUUUUACAAGAUCUUGGAGAGAGUUUAAAUUGGAUACCUUAAUUUGCACUUAUUGAAAAAAACAUUUUUUUCUUUAUUUAAAAAACAGAAGAGAAGAAAAGAGGACUGAAUACUCACUCAAGAAUACUCAAUAUUACUCAAAAUGGCAAAUUGCAUGUUAUUGCUUGUUUUUGUACUUACCGUGGCAAAUGCUUACAAUUUACACCAUUCAAAGAAUCAUCACAAAGUUGCAGAAAAACAUUAUGACAAAAAUAAUGUAAUAAACAAUGAUUAUAACUCAAAUGUUGAUCAUCGACGAAGAAACUUUAAUCACGUGACACAUUCUCGUCGUCGGGGUGUCCCAAAACCUAGGGCGAAGUCAGCGGAUCCUGCUGAAAUGGAAACUGCCAGAAUUAUUCCCGGUAACUUUGGAAGAUGGAGAUCAGACGUCAAAUACGAUAUCAGCAAAGACAUCAGGAAAAAUCUUUUCUUCCACU